AUGUUGGAUCAACCUCCAAAAAAGAAACAACUUUUGGCAACAACUUCAUGUACAUAUAUAACAGAAUUUUAUUUAAAUACCGAGAAUGAUGAUGAAGAUCAUGUUGAUCAACAUGGAUCCUCAAAAGCUGCAUCACAUAUGAUCGAAAUUGAUUUAUACUUGAAGCACGGUUUAGAUAAAGCGACAAUAUCAGCAGAAUCUGGCCAAGAAAACGAAGAAUUUAAUCCUCUAUCAUUUUGGAAGAAUAAACAUGGCUCUUAUCCUAUUUUGGCAAAGGUUGCUGCUCUUGUUUUAGGUGUAUCAGCUACAAGCGCAGCGGUGGAACGCGAAUUCAGUUUCGCUGGUAACAUUAUUAGGCAAGAGCGUCCAAGAUUAUCGCGAGAUACAGUAAACGACAUUGUUUUUAAUCAUUCCUUCCUUAUGUACAAACAUAGAUUUAAUAAUAAUAAAUAA